GAGCUGUAACACCGCGCGGUUCUCAUUCUAACUGCCGAUCUUCAAACACAAGAACACGUCGUACUGUACCUCAACCAGACCUGGUCUUUUGCCAUCAGAAUUCAUCGCUUAUAAGCACGAUGAAUGCACCGAGUGGUUGGGGCAUUGCCCAGACGGUGGCCGUGUCGACCGCCGCUUGGACAGCUCUGUUCGGCCUGGUCAGCUACCUGCAGCCAUGUCGAAGCUACGGCUGGAACGGCCGAACGGUGGCCGGCAUUCACGGACUGACCGUCUCCAUCAUGUCACUGGCCUUCGGCGUCUGGAACAACCAGUCGCCUUUCACCCAGCCAGGCGGUGUUUCCAACUUCUUUGAAGUCUUCGUUCAAGUCACUUGUCUCGGGUACUUCAUCUUCGAUACGACAUUUUGCCUGGCGUUCCGAAUCUACGGACGCGAGACCCACAUCAUGGCCGUCCAUCACGUGGUCGCGAUGGCCGGCAUGAUGACGUCACUCUGGAUGGGCGUGUCGGGCACGGAGGUCAGCGUUGCCAUCGGCCUGAUGGAGUGCACCAACCCGAUGUUUCAGCUGCGCUGGUUCCUGCGCGAGGUGGGGCUCCGGAAAGGAGACACGUGGUACGAGAUCAACGACCUGGCCUUCGUGUUCAGCUACGUCAUCAUUCGUGGCGUCAUCGCGCAGUAUCUCUCGUACUGCGUGGUCACGCACCCCCAAACCGCGGAUCCGAUCAAGUUCUUCGCGGUCGCCAUGGGUGUAAUGAACGCCAUCCUGUUUGUCGGGAUCCUGGAGUACGCCCUCAAGAGGUACACAGCCAUGUUGUGGCAUCUGACGCGAGGGGAUCGUGCAAGUGAAGCAAGGAUUAAAUCCCCAGCGGAGAGCGUAAAUAAAAACCAACUUAGUAACAGUACAGACACAUUCGAAGAAAUCACUAUGCAUAAAUCACUUGGUUUCACAAUGAAAUACAUCAAGCAGCAACUGCUUUUCAAACACCACAACAUUUAGACUGAUUCUCCUUUUUUUAUCCUUCGAGAACCCGGUCAGAACAGGGCUUUUUUUAAUCUUCUCAGGACCGUUGGGGGCACAUUAUUUUCAAUAAUCUUUAUUUGGUUGGCCGGGAAUCUACAACAUGACGCCAUUGAGUUGCACUGCGGUGACAACAAGUCAGAGCGUUUAUAACAUUUUUGCCUAUUUGGUCAAACAGGUGGGGUUUUUUGCACAAUUGCUAUAUUUGUCACUCAAAUACCUUCAAAUUUGGUACAAGCAUUUUGAACAGUAUCCAUCAAACUGACUAAAUCCUGGAAUCUAAAGUCACGGCUCGAGGGCGCUAUGCCUAUUUUUAUGGGCAAAAUCAUCCUGGUGAUUUUGACCCACAAUUUGCAUUUUUCAACAAAAUGUGGCAUGGCACUAUAAUGAAGUUAUGGUGAAUUUAUUACAUGUAAUGCUUUGCAUUUUGUAAUGCUAUAGUACAUCUACUCCCAAAAGUAAAACAAAGACAAUAUUGUGCAGAAAAGAUGAAAAUUUAAAAGGAUUUUGGCGUAAAUGGCGGCCUUAUUGAAUUAUAUUUGUUGGACCAAGAAUUGUAUCCAAAGUGGAUACUGGGCGGGUUCUGGCAAAGAGAACGCUGUGUGAUUAUGAGUGGUUUCAAGAUAUGCCAA